GUUGCCAAGUCCAAGGUCACCUUGGCUGCUACUCCCUUUCAAGCCAAAGGGGCCAUCAAGGAUGUGUCUCAGGAGACUGGCACACCUUCAGCUGCUGGCUUGGAUCAGGAAGGUUUUCCAUCAACCUCUAUUUCAGCAGUCACUGUACCUUUUCCACCAUUUUUAAAAGAUGUUAUGUUUGCAGUGGGGUGUGCCGGGGGCCACUAAACCUGCCAUAUCCUUCCCAAAAAAUUGUAUGCCUUACCUCCAGAUAUAAUGGCUCUUUUGACAGUUCCUGUGGUGGAUGGACCUGUGGCCCAGCUGGUCACUGGGGCUCUGGUGAACAAGGAGGGAGAUGACCUUCUUAAGACACCAGAGGAAGAGAAAGCGGAUCAUCUGCUACGGCUAACUGGUGUCACCCCUGGAAUAACAGGCAGAGGAUCGGGAAGAGCACGUGCUGGAGGUUAUGUCAACGCACAAAACCGUAAGCAAUGACGCGAUAUCGGUGGGGGGCAGGCUUCUGGAAUUCGCAGAAGCCUGGGUGCACAGCACCACGGAUCAAUGGGUGUUGAGAACAGUAAAGCACGGCUGUGUUAUAGACCUUGUGGCAACUCCUCCCGAUUUUCUUUUCUUAACACCUGUCCCCAAGGUGAGGUCCAAGAGACUGUUGAUGGACCAAAGCAUCCAACACUUAUUAGACAUCCAUGCGAUAGAACUGGUUCCGUUGAUGGAAUUAUGUGUAGGUGUCUUUUCUCUUCUCUUUUUGGUGCCAAAAAGAAAAAAGAAAAAAGAAAAGAAAAGAAAGGAAAAAAGAAAGGGAAAGAAAAAAAAAAGACGACUCCUGGCGCGCGAUUCUGGAUUUGAAAAGACUGAAUCAGUUUGUGCAAAAACGCACAUUUCGAAUGGAGUCUUUAAGGACAAUAAAGGCAGCCGUACACCUGGGCAAUUACUUGUCCUCGAUAGACCUUUCAGAGGCGUACUUACAUGUACCGAUUCAUCCUGCCUCUCGCCAAUACCUGAGGUUUAUUUACAAUCAGAGACAAUUCCAGUACAGGGCUCUACCCUUCAGGUUGUCCUUAGCUCCUCGCGUAUUCACCAAACUCAUGGUGGAGGUGAUAGCUUACAUGCGCUUGCGGGGGAUCCAUGUUUACCCGUAUCUGGACGGCUUGCUUGCGAGAUCUCUGUCCUACCAUCAAACCUCCAAGGACAUAGAUCCGGACGUCCAGAUACUAGAGGAUCACGGGUUUGUCAUCAACCGUACCAAGAGCCACCUAAACCCAUCUUGUGUACUCCAGCAUCUGGGAGAUGUUUUCGACACGAGAUUGGGCACAGUUUCUCUCCCAACGGACUGACAACAGAAGAUUGCCUCACACACCAGGCCAUGGCUGUCCAGGAAAUGGGGUUCCCUCAUGUCUCUGGCUCAACUCAUGGGCUCAGUGAUCGCCUGCCUAGAAUGCACGCCCUGGGCCAGGUGGCAUUCGAGACCACUUCAAUGGUUCUUGCUUCCUUUUCAGGAAGCCAUUAUGGCAAAGAAGCAGAUAAAACUUCGCUUACCACGGAAGGUCAGGAAUUCUCUCCUUUGGUGACUGUCGCUGGCGAUAGGAAAGUAAAUACUUCUGGAAAUUCCCCAGAGGAUCGUGGUGACGACCGACGCCAGCCUCUCUGGUUGGGGGGCCCACUGCCUGGCACAUCAUGCGCAGGGGUUGUGGGUUCAGAAGGAUUUGGAGAACAAUAUCAACUGGCUAGAGUUGAAGGCAAUUCGAUUAGCUCUUCUGCAGUUCCGUGAUCUGUUGAUAGGGAGACAUGUUCUGAUAAGGACAGACAACGUGACCGCAAAAGCUCACAUAAAUCACCAGGGUGGCACAAGAUCAAGGCCCCUCAUGCAGGAAUCCGACUUACUAUCCACAUGGGCGGAAAUUCACCUAUACUCCGUGACAGCGGAACAUCUGAGCGGCACGGAGAAUCUACAAGCGGAUUGGCUGAGCCGCCAAAACGGUGGAUCCAGCAGAGUGGGCCCUGCAUCCGGAAAUCUUCAAGGAAAUUGUCCACAGGUGGGGUCGUCCACAACUGGACCUCUUCGCGUCACAGGAAAACGCCAAACUACCAAG